AUGGAUUAUUUACUAAGACGUGAACGACGUCGAUUGGCAAAAGAUUUAAUUAAUCAACGAAUAAUAGAACAAGCAAUUGAUAUUGAAAGACAACGUGAAAAUGAUCUUCGACGAGAAUUUCAAUCAAUAAUUCAUGAUAUUAAGAGUGUAGAAAAACGACGACAUGCUCGAUCACAUUCACAAAGUAGUGAUUAUAGAGAUAAUCGUCAUCAACAUGAUUCUAAUGAUUUGUAUGAAGAACAAUCAAGAUAUAGAAGUGGUAGUCUUUCUCAAUAUCGUCAUUCUCAUCAUCAACAUAGUGACUCAAGAGAAUGUUCUUUAGUUACAUUAACUUAUCGUAGUUCAGCUGCUAGUAGACAUGGUGAUGAGAUAAUGAUUGUUCAAAAUGGUAGAACAGUUUUCAAAGGUUGUUUAACAUGUGGAGAUCAAUUAACAUUUAAAUCAAAACGUUAUAAAGAUAAUCCAAGAAUAGCAUUAGAUUUUUAUAUAAAUGAUAUACUUGAAGAUCGAAUAACAGCUUGUUGUGAACAUGCAUUAAUUAAAAGAGAUGAAAAUCAUUUUUUUCAAAUUGAACAUAUUGUUGGAUCAAAACCUUGUCAACAAUGUCAAUUAGAAAGUGCUACAAGUUCACCAAGUCCAUCUCCAACCCCUCCGAUUACACGAUGUAAACGAUCAUCAACCAUAACAAAUAAUGAACAAAGACAAAUAUCAUCAACAACAAGACAACGAUCAUCAAUACAUACUACAAACAAUUCUCAAAAAUCAAAACCACCAGUUUCAUUAAAUAAUCGAGGACGAACAAAUCGAAAAUUAAGAACCGAUACAAAAUCAACUAAUCAAAUCAAUCAUCAAGAAUCAGAGAAAAAAAGACCAACAACACUUUGUGUUUCACAGUCAGAUGUUGAAAAAGCUUCAAGUGAAGGUUUUUCAGCUGAUGUUUUUGAAUUAUCUAAUUCUCAACCAUUAACAUCUAUUCAAUCAGAAAAUAAACAACAACGACAACAAAUUGAAGAAGAUUCAAGAACUUUCUUACCGAUUUUAUUAUCUACUGAUCAAGAAUUAUCACGACCACCCAAACGCACUUAUGGUUUUAUAAAAAUGAUUAUUUUUAUUUAA